CCGGCGGGACGGGACGGGGCGGGGCCGGAAGUGGAGGUAGAAGGCGGUGGCUGAGGCGGUUCCGGAGGUUCUGGUGUCGGAGUUGGUGCAGGCAGGUGCUAUGGGCCGGCUUGAGGCACACUGACGGAACGCGGGGCUGGGCCAUGGCCGGCGCUCGGGCCGCCGCCGCCACCGCCUCGGCGGGGUCCUCGGCCUCUUCGGGCAACCCGCCGCGGCAGGAGCCGGGGCUUGGGGAGCUGCUGGAGGAGUUCUCCCGGACUCAGUACCGGGCCAAGGACGGCAGCGGGACCGGCGGCUCUAAGGUUGAGCGCAUUGAGAAGAGAUGUCUGGAGCUGUUUGGCCGAGACUACUGUUUCAGCGUGAUUCCAAACACGAACGGGGAUAUCUGCGGCCACUAUCCCCGGCACAUCGUGUUCCUGGAGUAUGAGAGUUCUGAGAAGGAGAAAGACACGUUUGAGAGUACCGUACAGGUGAGCAAGUUGCAAGACCUCAUCCACCGCAGCAAGAUGGCCCGGUGCAGAGGACGGUUUGUCUGCCCAGUAAUCCUGUUCAAGGGCAAGCACAUUUGCAGGUCGGCCACACUGGCUGGAUGGGGAGAGCUGUAUGGACGCUCAGGCUACAACUAUUUUUUCUCAGGGGGUACAGAUGAUGCCUGGGCAGAUGCGGAGGACGUCACGGAGGAGGACGGUGCUCUUCGAAGUGGUGACACGCAUCUUUUUGAUAAGGUCAGAGGCUAUGACAUCAAGCUGCUUCGAUACCUGUCAGUCAAAUACAUCUGUGACCUGAUGGUGGAGAACAAGAAGGUGAAGUUUGGCAUGAACGUAACCUCCUCUGAGAAGGUGGACAAAGCGCAGCGCUAUGCCGACUUCACUCUCCUCUCCAUCCCGUAUCCAGGCUGUGAAUUUUUCAAGGAAUAUAAAGAUCGGGAUUACAUGGCAGAAGGGCUCAUAUUUAACUGGAAGCAGGACUACGUUGAUGCCCCACUGAGCAUCCCUGACUUCCUGACUCACUCUCUGAACAUUGACUGGAGCCAGUAUCAGUGUUGGGACCUGGUGCAACAAACACAAAACUACCUGAAGCUGCUGCUUUCCUUAGUUAACAGCGAUGAUGACAGCGGGCUGCUGGUACACUGUAUCUCAGGCUGGGAUCGGACCCCCCUCUUCAUCUCCCUCCUGCGCCUUUCCUUGUGGGCUGAUGGGCUCAUCCACACGUCCCUGAAGCCUGCUGAGAUCCUCUACCUCACUGUGGCCUAUGACUGGUUCCUCUUUGGGCACAUGUUGGUAGAUCGGCUCAGCAAAGGGGAGGAGAUUUUCUUCUUCUGCUUCAAUUUUUUGAAGCAUAUUACCUCCGAGGAGUUCUCUGCUCUGAAGACCCAGAGGAGGAAGAGUUUGCCAGCCCGGGAUGGAGGCUUCACCCUGGAAGACAUCUGUAUGCUGAGACGAAAGGACCGUGGCAGCACCACCAGCCUUGGCAGCGACUUCUCCCUGGUCAUGGAGAGUUCCCCAGGAGCCACUGGGAGCUUCACCUAUGAGGCCGUGGAGUUGGUCCCAGCAGGAGCGCCGACUCAGGCAGCUUGGAGGAAGAGCCACUCAUCCUCACCACAGAGUGUCCUCUGGAACCGGCCACAACCCUCAGAGGACCGCUUGCCUUCCUACCAGGGGCUGGUAGAAGCCAGGUCUUCCAGCUCCUCAUCCUCAAACCAUUCUGAUAACUUUUUCAGGAUGGGUAGCAGUCCCCUGGAGGUCCCCAAACCCAGAUGGAGAUGGUUAAGGAUUGCCAGAGUUGCAGUGCCUGGCCAGCUGCAGUCCAGUGGCAGCUGCUUGGGGAUAAGACUGGCCCAGUGACCAGUCGGGCUGUCACCUCAGACUAGGAGCCCUUGAUACCAGCCAGCUGGGGGAGCCAAGGCCAGUGAACAUUUUUCUCCACUCCCAAUCCCUGCUCUUCAUUCCUGUUUUUGGGUCCCUACUGGAACACCUCCUGCUGUUUUUGGAUGAAAGAAUAAAGGGUCAAGCAUCAAAGAUGAUGUCCCUCUGGGGACUGGGACCUGGGGUAGCAGGUGGAAGGGCCUUGUUUGAUGUCUCCCUAUCUCCUCCCUCACCCGCACUGGCUGGACUACUGCCCAGGACAGAAGAGGGGGGUUGGCUGUGAGUGGGGAGGAGGCGGAAGCAGUAGAUUCCCAGCACAACUUUCUUCCUCCCACCCCCCAAACCUCCAUCUGAAGAAGGCCUGAUGAAGCUGUCAGGCUGCCUGCCUGAUUCAUCCCUUCCCUCUGGGCAUAGCCACUGAGUCUGCUGGGCUGAUGCUUCUGAAUACAAACUAUGGCACCGCAGAGAAAGGGGGGACUUCAGGACUCCCAUUCCAUCACUCUUCAGUCUAGGUCAUACCCUCCACAAUCCCCAAGAGGCCUGUUCUGUCUCUUCUGAUGGGACUCCUGGGUUCUUUGUUGCCCACCCUGCAAAUCUGCAUGCCAGGAAGCAUGGGUGACCCGGCUGCCGGUACACCUUCAUUUGGGUGCUAGCCUUGCUCCCUUCAUUUGGUGCUGUUGAGAUUGUCCUUGCCAUGUUUGCUCCCAGCACAGGCACACCCUGGUCCCAGGCUGUCGCUCCGAUUCACUCUUACUGCCAUGCUUUGUUCUCGUUUUUUGCUUCCACAGUAAGUCUGCACAAAGUACUGUCCUCACAGCUGAGCUUACCUGGUGAUCUGUUCUUUUUUCUCGGUCACUACUUGUCCAGCUUUUUUUUUUUUAGACUUUUGGAGACAGUGAUUGACAACAGAACCUAGCAGCCAGGGCCAUGCUAGCCCCCCAGUCCCCUCCAGAGCCUGUGUCAGGCAUAUGACUGACUGCAUCCUCUCCCCUCUCUCUCCUCUCUG